AGCAUGCGCGGAAAAUUUAGGAAAAAAUGAAGAGUGAGAAAAAAACAACAGAGAAAACACCCGCAGGUGGAGGAAUUCCUUUGAAGUAUUACCACAAAAAACCUUCAAAAUCACUGCCAUUCCACCAUGAAUGAAGAAUAUGAUUACAUUGUGCUGGGCACAGGUCUAAAGGAAUGUAUUUUGAGCGGYCUUUUGUCAGUGAAAAGGAAGAAAGUCCUACAAAUCGACCGGAAUAAUUACUAUGGCGGUGACUGCGCUUCUCUUCAUCCUCUCGGCAAACUUUAUGAGUUCUUUACUCGAAGCGACGUUCCUGAAGAAAGCUUGGGCAAACCUAAAGAUUAUAAUGUGGAUCUUAUUCCCAAGUUUUUAAUGGCUCACGGGUCGUUGGUAAAAUUGUUAGUGCACACAGGAGUAACCAAGUACUUGAACUUCAAGCAGAUAGAUGGCAGUUACGUCUAUACCGGCGGGUAUAUCUACAAAGUGCCCGCAGAUGAACGAGAGGCAUUGUCUUCUAGCCUAAUGGGAAUAUUCGAGAAGCGACGUUUCCGGAGUUUUCUUAUCUUUGCCUUAAACUACGACUGCGAAAAUCCUUCUACUUGGCAAGGCUGUGAUCCCGUCAACACGACCAUGAAAGAGGUAUUUGAGCACUGGGGACUUAGCAACGAUACAGCAGAAUUCACUGGUCAUGCCAUUGCUCUUUAUUUAGAUGACGGCUAUAAAGAAAAGCCAUGUGGAGAUGCUAUUAGAAGGAUUAAACUGUAUUAUGAUUCUCUGUCGCGAUAUGGUAAAUCCCCUUACCUCUAUCCUGUCUAUGGUCUAGGUGAACUGCCUCAGAGCUUUGCGCGUCUUUCUGCUGUUUGGGGAGGUACAUUCAUAUUGAAYAAAACAGUUACAUCUGUUACUUCAGAGAAUGGAAUGGUUGCUGUUACAUCCGGGGAAGAAACGGCCAAAGCAAAGGCAGUCAUUGGUGACCCAUCUUACUUUCCAGAUAAGGUGAAGGCUGUCGGUGAGGUUGUAAGGUGCAUUUGUAUUCUAUCUCAUCCCAUUCCAAAUACCUAUGACAACCAGUCGUGUCAGCUUAUUAUUCCACAAAAGCAGGUCAAUAGAAACUCUGAUAUCUAUGUUUGCUGUGUGUCCUACACCAAUAAUGUCACACCUAAAGGCAAGUACCUUGCCAUAGUCAGCACAACGGUUGAAACAAGCAAUCCAGAACAGGAGCUUGAGCCUGGCUUGAAGUUGUUGGGGAAGAUUGAUGAGAAGUUUCUGUCCAUUUCUAAUGUUUAUCAGCCUCUUGAUGAUGGGACAGACAGCAAGAUAUUUAUAUCCAAGUCAUAUGAUGCCACCACCCACUUUGAAACAACAUGUGAAGAUAUCAUGGCUAUGUACAAGAGAAUCACUGGUGAAGACUUUGAUCCCAGCAGUAUUAACGUCAACCUGGACAUGGAUGAAUAAUGGAUUCAAUAUUAAGUGGAAGUGAUAGGAAAGAUUCAAAAAUUAAUAUAUCAAUUAUUAUAGACAUUAGGUUCUCAAAUAAAGUAGCCAAAUUAGACUCUAGGCAUUAUCAUAGUCCACUUAUUCCAGUGGGAAAAAUAGGCUUGAAAUUAGGAAAUAUAAAAAAUAUUCAAGUGGGAACAAUAGAAAURACAAUUCAAAUGCAGUUAAUAUAUAUGUAUUAUCCUUCAACAGUACAAAAAUUGAAUUUUGUCAAACAUUUUAUUUAGUAAUAUAUUUAUGCAUGAAUGUACAUUUUAGAUUUGAGUUAGUUUCUAUGUCCCUAGAAGGCUAAAAAAAACAAAUAUUGGAAUAUAUUUUCUUUGUYGUUACUAGUAUUGAAAUAGCCUGUAGUUAGUGCUUGUUUUCAGUGGAGUUAUUGAUGUAGUCAAAUAGCUCAAAACAGAAAAUGAAAAUGGUCAGACAGUUUUUUUUGCAGGACAAAUAAUUUUUUUGGAGCAAAUUUCUUCUAGUACCAUUUUAUUUGCCAUUGGAAGUCCAAAAUGGUCUUAGACUGCCAGUAGUAAAUGGCAGGUGACUAUUUCUAGCCCUACAUGAUACACUGUACAYGUAUUGAUGUCAUGGUGUAUUCAAAUAAAAGCGUUUUAUCAGCAUGGCUGGCAAUUUAGUUUGCAAAUUAUUGUCUGUAAUUAUAUUUGCAUGUGAUAUACUUGGUAAAUUAAACUGUUUUUUUGUC